UCGGGGCGAUGAGCGGCGGGGCCGGGCGACGGCGGCGCCUGGUUCUGCACGUGGACCUCAACAACACGGUGGUGGUGGCGGACACGGUGACGGGGCAGGCCCCACGAGCGGCGCUCAACACCUUUCUCAGCACCGUCACCUGGGGCCGCGUCGGGGCUGCCGGCGAGUGGGAGUGGGUGAGCGACCGCCCGUCCCUGCGCCCCCCGUGCCCCGGCGCCCUCAGCUACUACAGCCGCCACGGCCGGGACCCCGCCUUCACCGAGGCCGGCCCGGGCCGGCGCUUCCGUGACCUCCACGCCCGCCACCUGCGGCUGCUGGAGUGGCCGGGCCGGCCGCACGACGCCUUGUCGGUGCCGGGGGAGCCCGGCAAGCGCUACCACCUGAUCCUGCCAUCCUUCUUCCGCCUCCUGGACACGCUGCACCGGGAUGGCAGGGCCUUCGCUGUUGUCUUCAGGACCUUCGGCAGCGACCUGCCCCGCGCCCUGCAGGCCGUCAGCAGCGCCCUGCGCGGGCAGCACCCCCAGUUCCCUGCCCUGCGGGACGUGGCGCUCCCUGUGGACCUUACCCCUGGCCAGAUACGCUGCAGCAAGAAGGAGGUGGUGCUAACACGGGGAGCAGAGCGUCUGGCCACCCAGGAAGACAGAAGAAAGCUUUACAACUACUUCAGCUCCUUUGAGGGAAUUGGAGGCUUCCAAGACCACUUUGACUGGUGGGCCAGAAAUCAGUUUUCUUCCCAGGGUGGGAAGCCCCUGUGGGUAGACCCCCAUGAUCCUGACGUUCACCACAUCUUCAUUGAUGACAACAUCCGGCUGGACGAUGGAGACACCAUUGUUCACCCCCAGGUGUUCUCGGAGCAGGGCAGCAGCAAUCCCAAGAGCGUGCCUACCUCGGCGCUGUACAACAUUUGUCUGGUGCAAACCAAUUUGCUGGAGGCCAUUGCUGAUGAGGACUAUUUCAUGCACUGUGUGAGGAGGUGCGAGGAGAACUACGACCGCUACCUGGCCUGCAUGGAGAAGGACACCCCAAGCCAGCAGUGGGAUGGACAGUGAUAACCACCUCAUGGGGCUGAGUGGCUCCAGACUGGGACACCACCUGCUUCCUGCUUUGACUGCUGCAAGUAGUCAAAGUCCCAGGCAGGCUCCUGCUUCAAGCUGUUACCUCUCCAAUGUGCAAUGUGGGUGUUCAGUCCUAUCAGGACCUUCCAUGAGCGAACACAAGCAUCCUGGGAGCUUGCGUGAUGGGAUUCUUGGAGGAAAUGGUUUUCCAGUCUUUGGCAGUGUUGCCCGUGGUGCCCAUUUCUGCAUGAGGACUGGGGCUCACCAUCCCUCUGCAGUCACCAGGCAGGUCCCUUCCACCAUACUGUGAUGCAGGCAGCCUCGCAGUGUUCGCACCUCACUUUCUGUUCCUGCACUGAUGGCUGGUGCAGAGCAGGUGCCAGGAUGAAUACAGUGUUAUCAGCAGCAUCCCCAGGUGGCAUUUGUGGUGUGGUGUUCUUGGUGGAUGCCUUGUCACUUCUGUCUGUUUUUAAAGCAAACCUUUUUAGCUCA